AUUAUCUUACUGGUCCAUUUUGUACAUACUCAACGUUUAUUUUUCUAAGUACUUUCCUUCAAUUCACGUGGCUUCCCAUCGCUUAUUAUAAAAGGAUAUAUCAUACAUGUUAUUGAGAUUUUAUAUGCAACUGUUAAACAGAUUUCACAUCUUUUACAUAUCAUCAUGACAUCCUUCACAAACUUCUUGUUUAAACCCUUACUAAAUGUUAUUCACAAAGAUUUCCACGAUGUCUUUAAGUCGAUGACUCUGAUCGACAAAUUUAUCUUCUUGAUUGUUCAUUCUGUGGACAAACUCGGAAAAUGGCACCGGCUACCGGUUAUCGUGGGGCUAAUUUACCUAAUUCUCCGCCGGCGGCUCCACCAGAACUACAAUUUGUUUAACGUCGGUAAAAAGCCCGUGGAGCUCCGGUCUGAUGGCCCGGCCCGUCUUAGUGAGGAAGGUUCCUUUUUUGGCCGAAACAUACUUCCUGUUCCUCAAUCGAACAAGCUAUUGGCUCGUAGAAAACUAAUUGACACGGGAAAACAGUUUAACGUGAUAGCUGCUUCAUGGAUACAAUUUAUGAUACACGAUUGGGUCGAUCAUAUCGAGAGUAGUACUCAGGUGGUUGAACUCUUGGCACCUGAAGAAGUAGCGAGCCAGUGCCCUCUAAAGUCAUUCAAAUUCUACAAGUCCAAAGAGAUUCAGAUCAAAAAUGGGGACAAUGGGAUCAAGUCCGGGGACGGGAGUGCAAUCUACGGCAGUGACCAAGAAACUAUGCAGAAAGUACGUACAUUCAAAGAUGGAAAGCUCAAGAUUUCAGAAGAUGGACUUCUCAUCGUUAAUCCAAACGGGACCGUAUUAACAGGCGAUGUUCGUAACAUAUGGGCUGGUCUCUCGGUUUUGCAAGCCCUCUUUGUCAAGGAACAUAAUGCAAUAUGUGACGCAUUAAUGAAGGAAUACCCAAAUUUGGAAGACGAGGAGCUGUAUCGUCAUGCGAGGGUAGUGACGUCAGCAGUGAUUGCGAAAGUCCACACCAUUGAUUGGACGGUGGAGCUUCUUAAAACUGACAUGUAUGGAUUGCUUGGGAAGAAAAUCAAAGACACAAUAGGGCACACUGGAGUAACAUUGUUAAGUGGUAUCGUGGGUUCUAACAAACCCGUUGACCAUGGCGUCCCAUAUUCGUUGACCGAGGAGUUUGUCAGUGUUUACCGAAUGCACACGCUCUUACCCGAUAAACUUCUCCUCAGAAACAUUGAUGCUCUACCUGGACCAAACAAAUCUCCUCCUCCACAAAAAGAAAUUGACAUGGAGGAGAUGAUUGGUCAGCAAGGAACACAAAAUUUAUCUAAAAUUGGGUUAGCUAAGCUGAUGGUGUCAAUGGGCCACCAAUCAUGUGGCGCCAUUGAGCUUUGGAAUUAUCCCUUGUGGUUCAGGAAUCUCAUCAGUCAAAAUAUCGACGGCACUGAUCGACCUGACCCGAUCGACCUACCUGCUCUAGAGAUUUACAGGGACAGGGAGAGGAGCGUGGCAAGGUACAACCAUUUUCGGAGGUCCCUUAUGCUGAUCCCAAUUGCCAAAUGGGAAGACCUGACGGACGAUGAACAGGCUAUCGAUACCCUCCGCCACGUGUACGGUGACGAUGUUGAGGAGCUCGAUACUAUGGUGGGCCUCACCGCAGAGAAGAAGAUCCCAGGGAGAUUGGAGGCAGAUCGAUUUUUCACUAGUGAUUUCAACGAAGAUGUGUACACGAAGAAAGGCCUUGAAUGGGUGAACACAACUGAAAGCCUGAAAGAUGUGCUCGAUCGACAUUUCCCGGAGAUGAGUGGCAAGUGGAUGAACUCCACCAGCGCAUUCUCCGUUUGGGACGCGCCACUGCCGACACCUAAUCCUGUCCCGCUCUAUUUCCGGCCCAUACGGAAUGUGAAUUCUUCCACCGCCUCGCCUCCAUGGACAUGGUCAUCUGCGUUAAGGGCAGUGGCCAAGUCUCAUCAGAUCUGCGCCAUCCACGAGUUGAACUCCGACGCCCUCGUUGAUUUAUAUCACAGGAACUUCGCCGAGCCUUCAGAAGGAGAUGGAGGAAAUUCCCUCUUUGCUUUCAGCUCAAAUGCAACAAGGGCAAAGGCUUUACUGAACAAAGAUUACUCUAGCUUGGAAGAUGUAAAGGAGAUUUCACAUCUUUUACAUAUCAUGACAUCCUUCACAAACUUCUUGUUUAAACCCUUACUAAAUGUUAUUCACAAAGAUUUCCACGAUGUCUUCAAGUCAAUGACUCUGAUCGACAAAUUUAUCUUCUUGAUUGUUCAUUCUGUGGACAAACUUGGAAAAUGGCACAGGCUACCAGUUAUCGUGGGCCUAAUUUACCUAAUUCUCCGCCAGCGCCUCCACCAGAACUACAAUUUGUUUAACGUUGGUAAAAAGCCUGUGGAGCUCCGGUUUGAUGGCCCGUCCCGUUUUAGUGAUGAAGGUUCCUUUUUCGGCCGAAACAUACUUCCUGUGAUGAGGCCAGAUCCUAUGGUGGUGGCCACAAAGCUAUUGACUCGUAGAAAACUAAUCGACACGGGAAAACAGUUUAACGUGAUAGCUGCUUCAUGGAUACAAUUUAUGAUACACGAUUGGGUCGAUCAUAUCGAGAGUAGUACUCAGGUGGUUGAACUCUGGGCACCUGAAGAAGUAGCGAGCCAGUGCCCUCUAAAGUCAUUCAGAUUCUACAAGUCCAAAGAGAUUCAGAUAAAAAAUGGGGACAAAGGGAUCAAGUCCGGGGACGGGAGUGCAAUCUACGGUAGUGACCAAGAAACUAUGCAGAAAGUACGUACAUUCAAAGAUGGAAAGCUCAAGAUUUCAGAAGAUGGACUUCUCAUCGUUAAUCCAAACGGGACCGUAUUAACAGGCGAUGUUCGUAACAUAUGGGCUGGUCUCUCGGUUUUGCAGGCCCUCUUUGUCAAGGAACAUAAUGCAAUAUGUGAUGCAUUAAUGGAGCUGUAUCGUCACGCGAGGGUAGUAACGUCAGCAGUGAUUGCGAAAGUCCACACCAUUGAUUGGACGGUGGAGCUUCUUAAAACUGACAUGCUGCUUGCUGGGAUGCGGGGCAAUUGGUAUGGAUUGCUUGGGAAGAGAAUCAAAGACACAAUAGGGCACACUGGAUUAACAUUGUUAAGUGGUAUCGUGGGUUCUAACAAACCCGUUGACCAUGGCGUCCCAUAUUCGUUGACCGAGGAGUUUGUCAGUGUUUACCGAAUGCACACGCUCUUACCCGAUAAACUUCUCCUCAGAAACAUUGAUGCGAUACCUGGACCAAACAAAUCUCCUCCUCCACAAAAAGAAAUUGACAUGGAAGAGAUGAUUGGUCAGCAAGGAACACAAAAUUUAUCUAAAAUUGGGUUAGCUAAGUUGAUGGUGUCAAUGGGCCACCAAUCAUGUGGCGCCAUUGAGCUUUGGAAUUAUCCCUUGUGGUUCAGGAAUCUCAUCAGUCAAAAUUUCAACGGCACAAAUCGACCCGAUCCGAUCGACCUACCUGCUCUAGAGAUUUACAGGGACAGGGAGAGGAGCGUGGCAAGGUACAACCAUUUCCGGAGGUCCCUUAUGCUGAUCCCAAUUGCCAAAUGGGAAGAUCUGACGGACGAUGAAGAGGCUAUCGAUACCCUCCGCCACGUGUACGGUGACGAUGUUGAGGAGCUCGAUACUAUGGUGGGCCUCACCGCAGAGAAAAAGAUCCCAGGGAGAUUGGAGGCAGAUAGAUUUUUCACUAGUGAUUUCAACGAAGAUGUGUACACGAAGAAAGGCCUUGAAUGGGUGAACACAACUGAAAGUCUGAAAGAUGUGCUCGACCGACAUUUCCAGGAGAUGAGUGGCAAGUGGAUGAACUCCGCCAGCGCAUUCUCCGUUUGGGACGCGCCGCUGCCGACUCCUAAUCCUGUCCCGCUCUAUUUCCGGCGUCCAAAUUAGAUUAAUAUAUCAUGUGUGAUAAACCAAGUCAAGAAGGAUUAAUCAUGUGCUUGCAUUGGCUGUAAAAUUUUUACUUGGUUUUUGUAUGAUUUUGGGUGAAUGUUGGUAUAUGAUGAUUUUUAUUUGUUGAUUUAAUUACAUGUUGUCCUGUCUUGUAGUUAUGUAUGUUAAAAAAAAU